GGAUCCGUCCAAUAUGAAUUGCCACGGCCCGCCGCCCUUAUUUUCCUUCCAUUUCCAUCGUUGAGCGUUUCUCGUGUUCUUCCGACGAUUUCGCUCUCUUCCAUCGCCCUCACCUUCCUGGUCUGCUCAAAGUAGCCAUUGUUGACGCUUCUAAAGCUUGAAGGUCGAUCGAAAUGACGGAAGACAAGCGGAAUAUUCUUGACCAUUAUCGUCGACAGCUUGCUGCGAAGUUUGAGUUGAAACGGAAGCUUUACAAAGCCGUUUGCAACGAUCCGAGUCUUCCCAACGAUGUGCGUGAAGAGCAUCGUUAUAAGCUGUCGAAGCUGCCAAGAAAUAGUUCGUUCACUCGACUGAGGAAUCGCUGCAUUUUCACCGGUCGGCCUAGGGGUGUCUACCAGCUUUUCCGUGUUUCUCGUAUCGUUUUCCGUGAUCUGGCGUCCAAAGGUCUUGUAAUGGGCGUCAAGAAAUCUUCCUGGUAGAUAUUGGUUGAUGGUAGAGACUUUUGUCGUUGGGGAUCAAUGAAUGUUGUGAGGUUGUGUUAAUUGUAAGUUCCUUGGACAUGAUUCAUGCCUGUUUACGCGUAUGACCAAAGAAGAGUUCAGGCUUUACUUUUGUUAUUCAAUAAGUGUUUUCUGUUAAAUGUUACUAAUGUUGUUAUGCUAUGCUGAUAGAAAAAGGUUUUCUUUUUCCCUGCCAUUCAGUUGGUCGCACUGUCCCUGGUUAUCAGCUGCUUCCAAGCUCUAAGCCAUGGUGAUCUAUCUGUCUAUAAAGGUUAAUCUAAACUCUAUAGAGCUUAGAGACAAUAGGUUCAUUCAAUAUCUAUCGAAUAUGGAUGUUUAUAUGA